AGCGACAGCAGUCCCUGGGAACCAUGGCGCACUCCACGCUGUCCGUGACGGCGCUUCUUAUGCUGUUGCUGGUGCCCGCGGUGCUCUGCUCGAGCCUCCAGCGGCCGCCCACGGCCACCCAGAACAGGCGUAACGUGGCGGCAGAAGUGGACGCGCUGCUGGCCACGCCCGAGCGCGUCGACGCCGCACUGCGCUGCUUCCUCGCCGACGGCGACGCCCCUUGCUCGCGGAAGGGCUCAGUCGUCAAGAGACUGAUUUACAACAAAAUAAGGGACAACUGCGCUGACUGCCCAGAGGACUACAAUAAGGGUGUCUCCAGACUGCUGGCACACGUCUCCCUGCAUCGGCCGAGAGAGAUGUAUCAACUAAUUGCUAAGAACGAUCCAACUGGAUAUUUCCUCAACAAGUACAGUCAAAUAUGGAAAGCAGAAAGUAUUUUAAUGUGA